GAGAACAGAAGAAGUGGACAUUCAAGUUUUUACAGAAGAAAAUAGAUGUAGUUAUCUUUUUUUCCUUUUCAGUUGUUGAUAGCUUUCUCUUUGCCUGUGUGUCUUUCCUAGUUUAAGAAAAAAAAAAAAAAAAAAAGAAAACUUCCACUAAUCUGGCUUUUUUCAAUAGUGGAUGGUGGGGGUGUGGACAGGAUAAAUGUUUAGGCUUUGAUUAGCCCAAAGUGAAAGAACUCCAGGCAUCUACAUCCUUCUCCACACAGCACUUUGUCAUUGUAGCACACCAUCCAUUCAUUAGAUUCCUGCUUGACAAUUGCACCAUGUCCUUUUGUUGUUUGGUUAGUUGUCACUGCAGCUGAAGAUUGGAGAUCAACAGCUGAAUCACUUUCAAAAUGUGAAUUUGAUCAUGCAGUCAUAUAAUAUAGCUGAUGCCACAUGGGACUUCUACAAGUCCCUUCAUUCUUUGACAGUGGUGAUUGUCAUGUCUUUGGUGUUCUUGAAAACAGCUUAUGAAGUGCAGAGAAAAUAAUGGCUUCUGUAGAUAUGUCUGGAUGUGUCACAACUUGCAGUUCUACUACUUACUGUGUUGACUGCUUCAAUACCGAGUUAGUGAUUUUUUUUUUGUUUGUUUGUUUGCUUCCUGUUAAAGACUGAGGUCCAGAAAGGGAAAAAAUAACAAACUUCCUUGCUUCUUCUACAUCUGCAAUGGAACAAGAGUACAAGAUAACUGGAGGAGCAGGGUUUGUGGGUUCUCAUCUUACUGACAAACUAAUGAUGGAUGGCCAUGAGGUUACAGUUGUGGACAACUUCUUUACGGGCAGGAAAAGAAAUGUGGAGCACUGGAUUGGUCAUGAGAACUUCGAACUGAUAAAUCACGAUGUCGUUGAGCCCCUCUACAUUGAAGUGGACCAGAUCUAUCAUCUCGCAUCUCCUGCUUCUCCUCCAAAUUACAUGUAUAAUCCUAUAAAAACAUUGAAGACCAACACUAUUGGGACAUUAAACAUGCUGGGGUUGGCUAAACGUGUUGGAGCACGGCUGCUGCUGGCCUCUACAUCAGAGGUAUAUGGAGAUCCUGAAGUUCACCCUCAAAAUGAGGAUUACUGGGGCCAUGUGAAUCCAAUAGGUCCAAGAGCCUGCUAUGAUGAAGGAAAGCGGGUUGCAGAGACCAUGUGCUAUGCAUACAUGAAGCAGGAAGGAGUUGAAGUGAGGGUUGCCAGAAUAUUCAAUACCUUUGGUCCUCGAAUGCAUAUGAAUGAUGGUAGAGUUGUCAGUAAUUUUAUCCUACAAGCUCUCCAGGGAGAACCACUAACAGUCUAUGGACCUGGAACUCAGACGAGAGCUUUCCAGUAUGUCAGUGAUCUUGUGAAUGGGUUGGUGGCGUUGAUGAACAGCAAUGUCAGCAGUCCUGUCAACUUGGGAAACCCAGAAGAGCACACUAUCCUAGAAUUUGCCCAGUUAAUUAAGAAACUUGUUGGCAGUGGGAGUGAAAUCCAGUUUCUCUCAGAAGCACAGGAUGACCCUCAGAAACGAAAACCUGAUAUCAGAAAAGCCAAGUUAUUGCUUGGCUGGGAACCUGUGGUCCCAUUGGAAGAAGGUUUGAAUAAAGCAAUUCAUUACUUCCGUAAAGAGCUUGAGUAUCAGGCGAACAAUCAGUAUAUUCCCAAACCAAAACCUGCAAGGAUGAAAAAAGGAAGAACAAGACAUAACUGAAGACUAUUAGUUGGACAGGAAAUUCCCUGCUUGACAUUUGACGGAUGUAAUUUUUGUUUUCUUCUUGGGUUGUUUUUUUUUUUUUUGAGAGAGACUUUGAAACAGGUAUCAUGAAGAACAAACUGGAAUUUCAUUCUGAAGCUUGCUUUAAAGAAGUGGAUGUGCCUAAAGAUAACAAACAAAUAUUCCCUUUCCCCUGCAAAUCUUGCCUUGCACUUUUUAAAUCUGUCUUUUUAUGUAAAAUAGAGUAGAAGCAUCUUUUAGUAUCUUCAAGUUUUAUAUCUUGCUGUGAGAUCAUUUUGUUGUGACUGUCCUUGACAGUUUUAUUUACUGGUUUCUUUGUGAAGCUGAAGAUAAACUCAAACGGGAUGGAAAAUGCCAAUUUAUUUAUAAAAUGGGUACUAUAAAAUAUGAGAUGUUCUACUAUGCAUAAGAAAAAAAGCUAGUGGUAUUGUCAGGUGAGAGACACUGACAUCUAAGUAUAGAGGAGUUUAAAAGAAUUCUGUAUGAGAGCUUUAUGUAUUCUUUAAAGGAGAGAUUUUUUCAAAGGUUUAGUUUUAGUUGUACACUUGAAUUUGAGAUAUUUUCAUUGAUUACCAUGGAUAAGGAUAUUUUGAAUCACUACUGUGUUGUGCGUACUCUGGGAAUAAAGUUAAUGUAUUAUUGGUUACAGUGGUUGAAUAUGCUAUUUUAAUAAAAUAUUGAAACUUCUA